CGUGAUGGAAGAGUAGUACGGAGAAGUCGGAGCCUCACUUAAUCCCUCCCUGCUGUAUUUAUCUGCUUCUUUUGUGUCACCAGCUUAAGACGCUCACUCCCCCCACAUUGCAUCCCAUUAUAGAUGAAUCACUGAAUACCAGCUGGAAUGUGAGUGUCUUUUAGCCAGUAUUAUAAUUGAACACGUUUGACAGCUGAAACAAAGGCCAUAUGACACCUAUGCAAUGUAAACAAGAUGUUCAUGUGACUGUGAAGGUGUUUUUCACUUCAACUUUUAAAACUGCACCGACUGAGACGUGUGUUGCCUCGGCCGAGAGAUCAAACUCUCAGUGCGACGUCAAAAUGUGUUUCCUGAGAUAAAUCUUAUGAAAGUUUUUGAGUGAGAGAAGGCGGGGUGGGAGGGGUGGAGGCAGCUCAGCCAUCAUCACUCUGCAGCUCCUCCCACAGAGGGCAAUCACCUCCCUCCCGCUUUUGUUCACUCCCAUCACACGGAGGUUAAGUCACCCUCGGAGAGCUGCACAGUUCACCACAGAUAACCACAGGCUGCUCUCAGAGCGGAGCAACAGCACAGGUGUGACUGCAUCAGAGUGAGGACAUUCUCUCUACCUGUUAAUCAUCAGCCUGGCUCACACAUUCAUUUUGGUCUUUCAUCUCUGACGUUUGGCUGGCGCCUGGCUCUCUGCCUUUUACCUGCUUGUGCAUCUUCUGGAGAAUCAGACCUGAUCUGUGACAGAGCGGCACAUUUGAAUUGUGCAUCCACCAAGUGCCAGAGAAAUGAAUUUUGAUGAAAUUCUCCGUCUUAUCGGAGGCUUUGGGAAGUUCCAGAAGACCUUGUAUAUAUGGAUCUGUCUACCUCAGAUCUUUCUUGCGUUCCACAUGCUGGUUUCUGUCUUCACUUCAGCUGUUCCUCCUCAUUUAUGCCGCUCCACGUGGCCCUCAGCGGGUGCUCCGGCCUCUGUGAACUUCAGCUCUCUGACCACCCCGGAUGGCCGGCCUGACCUGUCCUGCUCGGUCCCCUUGAACCACAGCGGCGCUGUCAGUCUCGGGGAUGGACACCCUGCUGGGAGCUGCCAGGGGGGCUGGGAGUACAGCACCCAGACCUUCCAAAGCACCAUUGUCACUGAGUGGGACCUGGUUUGUGACAGUGCCAGCCUGAACAACGUGGGCUCCUCCAUCUACAUGUUUGGCCUCCUUGUUGGAGCCGUGGUGUUCGGGAGCUUAGCCGAUAAGUACGGUCGCAGGAUCGUCAUCCUCGUCAACCUGGCCAUCCAGGCUGUGUUUGGGGUCGGUGCCGCUUUCGCCCCCAAUUUUUACGUCUACGCUGCCCUUCGCUUUAUGGUCGGCACGUCCAUCUCCGGUGUCAUAAUGAAUGCGUUCGUUCUAGGCACAGAGUGGACGGGGGCCAAGCAGCGGAUGCUGGCCGGUAUAAUCACGGACUACUUCUUCGGUUUCGGCUACAUUUUGCUGGCUGGAGUGGCGUACCUCAUCAGAGACUGGCGUAAACUGCAGCUGGCUAUUUCAGCACCUGGCUUCCUCUUCAUCUUCUACAUCUGGGUGCUGCCAAAGUCGGCUCGCUGGUUAAUGGCCAACGACAGGAAGGAGGAGGCGUGGGAGCUGAUCCGGAAAGCGGCGCAGAUGAACGGGAAGCCCCUCACCAAAGAUCUGGAGAUGUCUGAGAUGUAUAAAGUUGAAGACAAAACAGAGCUGAGGAAAAAACACUCGUUCAUAGACCUGGUUCGGACCCCGAAAAUGAGGAAGCAGUCUCUGAUUGUUUUUUAUCUCUGGUUUGUGAACGUGCUCGUGUACUACGGCCUCUCCCUCAACAUCUCCGACUUCGGGAUGAACAUCUACCUGACCCAGUUGAUCUUCGGCCUGGUGGAGAUGCCUGCACGCACCAUCACCCUGUUCACCCUCAACCGCUCCCGCAAAAUCUCCCAGCUGGCUUUCCUGGCGGUGGGCGGCACCGCCUGCCUGCUGACCAUCUUCAUCCCCAGUGAUCUGUCUAUCAUCAAAACAGUCCUGGCCAUGAUCGGGAAGUUUGGAAUCACAGCUUCUCUGUCCAUUAUUUAUGUCUACUCGGCUGAAGUGUUCCCCACUGUCAUCAGACAAAAUGGGAUCGGCAUCGGCUCCAUGUGUGCUCGGACUGGAGGCGUCCUGGCUCCCAUGAUGUACCUGCUGAGGAGCAUCAGUCCUCAAGCUCCCAUGGUGCUGUGCGGUCUCUGCCCCCUGCUGGGCUCGGCCCUCACCCUGCUGCUGCCCGAGACGGCCAAUAAGCCGCUGCCUGACACCAUCGAAGACAUCGAGGGAACCAGCCUCAGCGAGGAAGAUGGCGGCGUGAAGCUCGUCAUCUUCGACGCGUCUCUGAGGAACACGAACGCAGGCAGCAGCAGGAUGGACUGACAAACGCCAGCGGCACCGCAGCCAGUGUUUUUCAGGACUAUACCAAAGACACAAGUCUAUGCUUCCAGUGGAAGUCAGGAUCAGUCUUUGUUUUGUUUUGUUUGUGGGUCUUUGCAAGACGCCCAAAGUUUGUGCUCAAGUAUUUUUACUCUUUUUCACUUUUUACUUUUGUUCAAGUUUGUUUUUAUACAUUGUCUUCCAGUGUGUUAGAUAUCAUCAGCUGACUCUUUGUCUUUUUUGAUAGCUGAAUGAAAUUACUCACUUUGAUUGUUGUGUAAUGUUAAGAAAGAAACUUACUCCAUAUGUAAGGAGUCGCUAGGAGCUGAGGAUUCAGUCUUUAAGCUGCCAUAGCAUCUGUAUUUUGAAUUUCAGGUAACGCAGAUUUAUUAUUUUUUAGGUGAUUUCAUUGAAAAGACACAAGUGUGUCUUUUCAAACUGCCUCAAUUUACAGAAAUCACAGCGCUUCAGGCAUUAAAACUGCAGUAAUUAUUUUUGAGCACUCGGUGGCAGCAGAACAAACUGUAAACGCAACACUGACAUCACAAUGUAAAGCUGUUUCAGCAAACAAUCCCCUGUUUACGCAUCCAGUGAACAGAGUCAUGCUACCUCAUGAAUGUGAGUCCAGUGUUCAGCCCUGGUCUGGAAAAGAAAUCUUCUCUUCAGCUGCUAAAUGCUCCACUGUCCUCACUAGCUAAAUACUAACUUUGUCUGUCUGUGGUUUUGUGCUGAACGCGUCGUGGACAUUAUGUGUAUCGCAGCUUUUUUGCUGAAAGCAGCUGCCUGACGGCAAAAAGAUAAAACAAUAAGCUAAAAGAGGCGAAAAAGCUGAGAAAGGGAGAAAAUUAUCCGGUUAUGUCAAGAUAACCGGAUAAUUAUCUCGUCAUCUUGGGACCACAAAUUUAUAAACAUGAAUCCUUCCUUCCUAGUUUUGAAUCCACGGCGCUGUAAGGUGUCUCCUGUCAGCUCAGUGCAGCCAGGGAAAACUGAUUGAUUACCAGUGUUAUCUGCACCAGCCAUGCCAACCUUUUACUUUGUGUUUUCCCUAUGAGUUGGAAUAGAAACUCACUGGCACAAAGUCCAGAUUAUAAACAAAUCUGAAAGUCAGACAAGGAUGAAGGGAAGUGAAGCUCUGGGUGGGAGGUGUGGUGAAAGGUGAAAUGUACUGUAUGUCUUUUAUUUUUAUUCAAUUGAAAUGACUGACAAUAAACAACAACUGAAAAAUAAUGUAAAUUGCAGAAAUAUACAAUUUUCAAUGAUCAAGUAAUAGUUUUGUUUUUAAAUCCCUAGUUCAAUUGUUCCAUCCUUUAAUGUCUCUGAAAUGAAGCAACUUAAAUGUCAAUAAAACUGUAAAAAACGGA